AUGCCCCCUGCUCAGCCCUGUCGCCAGACAGCCGAUCCCCGCCACGCUGCUCGCCGCCCUCCUUCGCAUGGAUUCUGCGAGCCGUUCGGCGCCCCCGCCCAUGUUCUUCGUCAAGCCCCGACCACUCAAUGGUACCAGCCUCCAGCGCACCACCUCCCGCUUCCGCCGCCCCAGCACCCCGCGUAUCACCGCCUCACCGUGCAGCCUGUGCUUCCGCCUUCCCCGCCGCACUCGGCUGGGCGUCGCACAACGCCCAUCCCGCCGGCCUUCCUCGCACCUCCGAUCCCCGUCUGCGUCGUCAAUAACCCCACUAUCCUCCUCAACCGUCAGCGACUCGCCCUCCCAGUGGUUCUCGCCGCCAAUGGCGGCAUGGCCGUCGCCCGUGAAUACGGUACCCUUGAACUCAAGCCCGGGCCCGACCAGCCGCCGAUGAUGUGGGUUAUCGCGCUCUGCGCGCCUGAAGCAACGAAGGAUAUCCUCGGAGGAGACAUUGGAUUCAGGGUGCAUUAG